CAUGAUAAUUGUGUAAUUUAUUGUUAAAUAAAUGUUUAAUGUAAGGGUGGCGUUUCCUAGUGUUUUAUUAUUAAUUCGGAGCGAACAACAGUUAUAAUUUGGGCCUGUAGAAAGUUAACGUCGACUUUUAAAAAGGUAAAGUCUAACGUAAGUACUGAGUGUGAAGUCUAACGUAAGUAAAAGUAUAAUUCCAAACAAUGUGGGAGGAUUUUGAAGAUCUCGGUAGCGCAAGUUGUGGUCAAUGCUCUGAUUGUACAAGAGCACAAGAUUUUGAGAGAACUCCGCCACGUGUGCCUCUCCCGGAGGACUCAGAAAAAGUUGAAGAUCUCAGUACUGAAUCUACUGAAAAAAAAAAGAAAAAGAUGUCUGGUAAGAAAUGCCGAAAUUGUGGGUCCACCGAUAUCGAGGUGGAUACUGCGCGAGGUGAUGCAGUAUGUACAAAUUGCGGUUCCGUACUUGAAGAUAAUAUAAUCGUAGCCGAAGUUCAAUUCGAGGAAAAUGCACAUGGAGCGUCGAGCGCACUAGGUAAAUUCGUUUCCGCGGAAUCAAAGGGUGGUGCGACCGGCUAUGGCGCCUCAUUCAACGUUGGAAUCGGCACUGAAUCACGUGAGAUAACGCUGCGACGCGCCCGGCAAGGCAUCACGCAACUGUGCCAGCAGCUGCGUCUCAAUAACCAUUGCAUUGAUAUGGCAUGCAACUUUUUCAAGAUGGCAUUAUCGAGGCAGCUGACGCGCGGCCGCUCAUCGGCGCAUGUUCAUGCCGCUUGCGUUUACAUCACGUGUCGGACAGAAGGAACCGCACAUCUUCUCAUUGAUAUCAGCGAUGUCCUUCAGAUAUGCUGUUACGAACUUGGCCGCAUCUACUUGAAGAUCUCACAGGCAUUGUGCAUCAGAAUACCAUCCAUCGACCCGUGUUUGUACAUUUUGCGAUUUGCUAAUCGCUUAGACUUUGGCGAGAAAACACACGAAGUGUCGAUGACCGCUUUGAGAUUAGUGCAGCGUAUGAAACGCGAUUGCAUACAUUCUGGUAGACGACCAUCUGGUCUAUGCGGUGCGGCUUUGCUAAUUGCAGCUCGCAUGCAUAAUUUUAGUCGAGCUCCAGCAGAUGUAGUUCGCAUUGUAAAAGUGCAUGAAACCACGUUAAGAAAACGAUUAAUGGAAUUUGGUGAUACUCCGAGUUCAGCUCUAACAUUAGACGAAUUUAUGACCGUUGAUUUAGAAGCCGAGCAAGAUCCUCCGGCUUUUAAGGCCGCUAGAAAAAAGGAUAAGGAAAGAUUAGCAAAACUUCAAGAGGAAGAUAACCUUGAAUUUACAGCCUUGCAGCAAGAAAUCAACAGGCAAAUCGAAAAUGAUCUCCGGAAUAAAAAACGAAAGCGACCUGCUGAUGUAUCUAAUUCGCCGGAUCCGAGUUCUGACACAGAUACUUUUAUCAGCCAGUCUACUAUAAACGUUAUCGAAGAAAUUAUUAAUACCGACAAAGAACCGGACGCACCUCUACCGACACCAAAAUCGGGAUUAGCGCCAAAUAUAGCAGAUAUGAUUAUGACCCCUUCUCAAAUACUUGAGAGUCAGAAGAAAAGAGAAGAGGAAGAAAUUGCCAAUAGCCAAUCCGAUUUAGAAUUGAUUGAUGACGAUGAAAUAGAUCGAUACCUUUUAACGCCUGUUGAAUCUAAAAAUAAAGAAGAAGUAUGGAAUAGGAUCAAUAAGGACUUUUUGGUUGAACAGGAAGCGAAGCGAGAAAGAGCGGAAAAAGAGAAAGAACAAGGUAAGCCAGAGAAGAAGAAGCGGAGAUCAACAAAGAAAAAAGCCGUAGGACCUUCGGCUACAGCAGCUGAGGCUAUCGAGAAAAUGCUGCAGGAAAAGAAAAUUUCGAACAAAAUAAACUAUGAUAUUUUGAAGAGUUUAACGCAGUCUACUCUGGCUGAGGAUGCAAAUAAACAAGCGAACGAAUCCGUUUCAAUGGAAACGUUUACUCCCGUAAUAAAAUCGUAUGCAUCAUCUUCAACGACGUCUGAUAUCACGCCAAAAUCGAAAGCACCGAGGAAGAGUACUAAGUUACCGAAUAUUGUAGAAAGGAAGACUGCUACCAGUCAACUUCCUGUAGCAACUCAAGAACCUGCUGAAGAACCAGAGCCUCCUCAGCCGCCAGUGGUUGAAGAAGAAUUAGAGGAAGAUUAUUAUGAACCAGAUCCAGAACCUGCAAAACCAGAGGAACAUAGCAGCUUAGCAUCUAUGUUAUAUAGAAACGACGGUGAUGACGAUUAUGCUUACGAAUCUGAUUAUUGAACGGUUUAGAAGUAUAAGUCUUGCUUUGUUCAAUAUAACUAUGAAUUUUUUUAAUUAAUUUUAAUUAUUAUUAAUAAAAUAUAUUUGACAAUCCAUUUUUCACAAUUCGAAG